AUGACUCAGUUAUUUCACAGUUCAUCUCCAAAUUCUCUUCCUUCCAAUAACGAGAAGCGGAAUUUGUCCGGUUCCUCGAUGUCGUCGAACAAGCAUUCCAAUGGCCACAGUCCAUUUCCUCAAAAAUUGAAGAACUUCUUUCGAAUCAACAGUUCCACAAAUCACAGUGAAAAGAGCGAUCCUUCACUAAAGUCCGAAGGUAAAUCAGGCUUUCGACAAUCCAAAUUCUUUCCAGGUGGUGGCCGCAAUCGAUCAACGACAGUAGCAAGCGAAGGCAAUGCAUUAGACGAUGGCGUCAGUAGUCCCACCGCACAUGCGAAUCCAUACUUUGCACAUCAAGGUCCUCCUGCCCUGCGACAUCACGAUGAUGCUUCGAUACCUCCUAGUCCUCCCGAUACGCCAAGCUUCAAAGUCGAUACCGUUCCAGGUGUGAAUGAUCAAGCCACGGCAGCUGGCAAAGAAGAAUUGGCACGAAAAUUAAGAAGAGUCGCGAGCGCUCCCAAUGCACAGGGUCUUUUCUCAGGGAAGGGUGAUGGUGAUCGACCGGCUACUGCCGAGCUUGGAAAGGAACCGUUGGUACACAAUGCGAGCACGACAAUGUUGAGCAUGGUGGAGGGAACAGAUGCUAUGGGUGUAAGUGCAGAAGAUGACUUGGCACCCUUACAACCCCCAAGUCUACGAAACAAUCCAGCCUUCAGGAGGACGUACAGCUCAAAUUCCAUCAAAGUGCGUGAUGUUGAGGUAGGACCAGGGAGUUUUGAUAAGAUCAAGUUGAUUGGUAAGGGAGAUGUGGGAAAGGUAUACUUGGUGAGAGAGAAGAAGAGCAGCAGAUUAUACGCGAUGAAAGUGUUGAGCAAGCAAGAGAUGAUCAAGCGCAACAAGAUCAAGAGAGCAUUGGCAGAACAGGAAAUCUUGGCUACGAGCAACCAUCCAUUCAUUGUCACCUUGUACCACUCCUUCCAAUCCGAGGACCAUUUAUAUCUCUGCAUGGAAUAUUGCAGUGGUGGAGAAUUCUUUAGAGCUUUGCAAACUCGACCAGGCAAAUGUAUACCAGAAGACGAUGCUAGAUUUUACGCGGCGGAAGUCACUGCUGCAUUAGAGUAUCUACAUUUGAUGGGUUUCAUUUAUCGAGAUUUGAAACCGGAGAAUAUUUUACUCCAUCAAUCUGGUCAUAUCAUGUUGUCAGACUUUGAUCUUUCGAAACAAUCGGCCCCUGGCGGAAAACCAACCAUGAUUCUUGGCCGAAACGGCACAAACGUAAAUUCCCUCCCAACGAUCGACACAAAGUCAUGUAUAGCAAAUUUCCGAACGAAUUCAUUUGUUGGAACCGAGGAAUACAUAGCGCCCGAAGUUAUUAAAGGAUGCGGUCAUACAAGUGCAGUUGAUUGGUGGACGUUGGGUAUUUUGAUUUAUGAGAUGUUGUUUGGCACAACACCUUUCAAGGGAAAGAAUCGCAAUGCUACAUUUGCAAAUAUUUUGAGAGAUGAUGUUCCUUUCCCGGAACAUUCUGGCUCUCCCCAAGUCUCAAAUCUUUGUAAAUCAGUAAUUCGAAAGCUCCUAAUCAAGGACGAGAACCGACGAUUGGGGGCUCGAGCUGGAGCCUCUGAUGUCAAAACUCACCCAUUCUUCCGCACAACUCAAUGGGCACUCAUCAGACAUAUGAAGCCUCCCAUGAUUCCCCACCAAGGUCGCGGCAUUGACACAGUCAAUUUCAGAAAUGUUAAAGAGAGCGAAAGUGUUGAUAUUAGCGGGUCAAGAACCUUGGCGUCAGCUAAAGGAGUACCACUUGAUUCUGGCUUGGCUACACCAGGUGCUGCCGAAGUCGAAGUUGAUCCCUUCGAGGAAUUCAACAGUGUCACACUGCACCACGAUGGUGACGAUCACCAUCAAACCGUGGAUCAACAUAAUGGAAGAUAUGACGGUCGGUGA